AUGGGCAAAACGAAACAGAAGGUCACUUCGACAUCGGUUGGGGGGGUUAAGGCCUUGCAGGGCAAGCUUGUCGUUACCAAAAGAGGCUCGAGAGUCAAAUUCUUUCCUUUAUCAUCCCCAUCACCUCAAAAGCCGGUGUCUCGAUUGACUCCCAAACAUCGUAUUCGCAAAGAACAGGGUCCUGGAAAUGGAAUCGUUUAUACUUUCACGGAAUUGGAUAUGAGUCCCCAGAAAGGGAAAUCAAAAUCGAAGACGCCCAACGACUACAUGGCUGAAUGGCUACCAAAGCAAGGUCAAUAUCUCAAAGAGAUACUGGCGAACGAAUUUCCACGCGCCACAUUGGCCUGUGACGAGUGCCGCAGCGUCCUUGCCGAGUAUUGGUGGAAGUGCAAGGAUUGCUGUGGUUCGCCUGUGUACUGUGAAACAUGCAUUAGGACGACACACCUUCGCAAUCCUUUGCAUCGCGUGCUCAAACUCCAGGACGGCCUUUUCUCUCCCUCUUGGCUCUGGAUUGCUGGCGUCUCCGUCAAUCUUUGCUCGGUGCGCUCGUGUCAACCGUUGCUGGUCCCAGUUGCAGAAGACGAACACCCAACAGCUGCAGACGACGAGCAAGACAAUCCCGAGCUUUCAGGGCUGGGCGACGACGAUGACUUCACAUUUGGUCACUCUCCCCCUUCUCGAACCCUCGACGGGAUGAAAAUCCUUGUUGUCGUUCACACCAACGGAGUUCAUCACUUGCCAUUCCAUUUCUGCCACUGCCUCGAUUCCCCAGACCCGGAAUACCAACUUCUCAGAAGGGGAUUCUACCCUUCCACCCCCAAGAACGUUCGAACUGUUUUUACCUUCGCAUUACUCGACGACUAUAUGAUCGAGACGGUGGAAACGUUCGCAUCGACCCACCACAUCUAUUCAAAGCUCAGAAGGUUCACGAAUGAGCCAUUCCCUCAUGCCGUCCCAAAUCGUGUACGCGAACUACGACGGGUUGGGCGUCAAUGGAGGAAACUAAAGGAGCUCAAACGCAACGGCUUUGGACACACUCGCGGAGAGGCACAACAGGGCGAUCUUGCCUUGUUCUGCGCAGCCUGCCCUCAGCCAGGGAUUAACCUCCCGGAAAACUGGGAGGAUGACCGCGAGAGUUGGAAGUAUACCCGGAGUUUCGUUGCUGAUGGGAACUUCACGUGUGUACAUCGCAAAGGGCGGUUCGACGACGAAGAUUCAGAGGUGUACCUGAAGAAUGGUGAAGGUUACAUGACGGAGAAGGAAUCGUAUUCUCGGCAUCUCGCAGUUUCAACCGAGGUGAAAGAGGCGCCCACAUGUCAUGAACAUCGCGCUGUAUCGGAAAAAUCGAAAGUGCACAAAGGUUGCGAUGUGACAGGUGUUGGCGCAAUCGCUUGUAUGCGCCAUGGUGCUUUUGUCCCUGGUAGUGUGGUUGAUUUCCAGAAAGGAGAGCGUCAAAUGAACAUGGACUGGGCGCUUUCCCAGGCGCUUAAGUACUCUAACAUGAAGAGUAUUCGAAGGGUCAUCUUGGCAUACGACAUCAAUUGUCAGUAUAGCAAACGACUUUUGGAGCGCUUCGAUCAAAGCGAUUUCCUGGAGCUUCCGGAUGAUCUCGAAGAACUCCUGCAUGCGAUAGGUCUUUUCCACGUUCACGGCCACCAAGACGCCUGUAACGCCAGGUAUUCCCUCACGUACAUCAAAGGUGCAGGGAUCGCUGCGGGGGAGAUUCUCGAGUCUCUUUGGGCGAUUGUGAACGAGGUGGCACGGGCAACUUCCACGAUGACAUUGGCGCAUCGCGUGGAGGUUCUAGAUGCGAUCUUUGGCGAUAUAAACUGGAAGAAACUGCUCAAUUUAGUGCCUUCCAUAUGCAAAAACUGGAAUAACAGUCGAAUAGAGCUCCUACGAGCACAGGAAGACUUCGAUUUGCUUAACCAGACGGCGUCAGCGACACAAAGGGCCAAGUGGCAGGCUCAAUUGGAUGAGGCGAACGCCUUACGUGCUUUGGACGUCAAGGCGAUGGAUAUCCUAAAUGCAAAAGUGACGAAAGCACCUUCUCUGGCCAAAACUCGAAGUAGACUUAUGGAGAAGGAGCGGCAAAUGAACAAAGGGAUCGGGGUUACAUCCUGGCUGGCCUGGGGACUUCGGCUCCAGGACACUCAGAUAGGUUUGAAGAUGUUCAUACGAGGUCUACCGAAGGACAGAACCGACCAACAAACCCUCGAGGUCGCCAAACGACGAGAACAACUCCAACAGGAGGUCAACGAGCUCUACGACACUGCGUCCUCCCUCUUCCCGGACGCUGAUUUCGACGCACUCAAGUACUCUUCCCCCCCUCUCGAGCUGGUGGCCAUUGAAGGAGCUGAGGACGACGAGGUAGAGGAUGAAGCUGACAAUCCCUUCUCUCUUUCUCAAAACGAGAUCGAGGACGUCAAGCUACCUCUCCCAUCAUCGUUUGGUGAGGAUGACGAAGUCCCGGUUUCCAUUUUGAGGGCAAGACCGAAGGAGCUUCAGCUACGCAUCGCUCAAGCGGAGGAUACUCUGGAAGGUAUCAGGGCUCAUAUCGCACAUAAAUCUUACCUUUACAGGUCAAACGUUCGCCUUGCGGAAGGGAAGAAGCAGAAGACGAGGGGCUAUGCAGCGGUUAACAGUGUCGACAAGGAGCUCCGAAACUUACUCAAAGUGUACAACCAGGCCCGCUGGGCUCUGGGGAGGUUGGGCGCCGACGAUGACACGAGGGAUCGAUAUCGACCUGUUCGAAGGGAGGAUACCCGCGCAGUCACCGCGAUCUACAAACCAAACGCCAGGGGGGAAAGAAACAAACCGCUUCCCUGGAUCUGGAAUAUGAAUGUGGCCGAAGAUUCAAACAACUCGGCCUAUCUAGAAGAAAUCUAUCGUGUUAACUGGCUUCGAGCGAGGUCAAGACUCGACCGUUGGAGGGAGGAGCACACAUUGCUGACCUCCGAGAUGGACUGGGUUGUCAAUUUUUUCGCCUUCAAGGAAUCUCAGUGCAGGGAAUGGGGCAGAGGAACACAACAUUCACCUGGCCACGUCGCGUAUGCCAAAAGACAAGAGCAGAUGUGGAGACUGAUGGGAGCACAUGCGAAGAAGCGGUUUAACAAAGUCAAAGAGGGCUUAGGCGAUGAUGUGAUGGUUACCAGUUCGUAG